UUGUCGUUUGGCGCGUCGCCGCGUCGGUGUCAGUGCGUGCGAGGGGUUUCCACCCGUCGCGCAACGGUCGCUCAAUUGUUAUUUUGUAUCGUCGUCGAUAAGGCGGCGAGCGUGAUGUGGCGGAGUGUGAUAGCGCGCUACGGGAGGCGGUGGUGCUGAUGUCGUUGCCGGUCGCGCGUCAUCUAAACUCGUCUUGCAUUAUUCAGUAGGCGGCGCUCGCUGUACUUCUUGUCGUCGUCCCUACGCGCUUGCAGUUUUUCCGUUUUUGGCGCCCCUCCCCGCCCCCCUAUCGCCAUAUCGUUCAAAGGCCGCGCGUCGUUAGUUGCACCCGCGUCUGUCGCCGGCCCACAUUCACCGGGUUUUCCGCCGUCGACAACCCACGUCCAUUUCUCUCGCGCUCACUCCGUCCGUUGCUCACCGGACAUCGCCAUCCGUUCGUUGCCGUCUCCAGUCUCGCCGCUUCAGUGCUGUACAGCCGACGGCGCGUCGACAUGAACCUGUUCACCGAGCUGUUCCACCGGGUCGCUCUGCUCGUCCUCACCCCAAAAUGCUACCAAGUGUUCUUCUACGAUUUGGACUUCUUCAACGGUACUUGUAUAAGAUCUGCUCUCAGUAAAGGUCUUGGAUUUGGAAUAGUUGGUGGAUCUCUUUUAGUCAAACUUCCACAAGUUAUUAAAGUAUGGCAAAGUAAAAGUGCUGUCGGAAUUAGUUUGGUAAAUGUUUGCAUGGAUCUAUUUGCUGUCACAGCAAAUGUUGUGUAUAGCUAUUCUAGUCAAUUUCCAUUCAGCUCAUGGGGUGAUUCAUUAUUCAUACUUUUCCAAACACUACUAAUUGUAAUAUUAGUUUUUUAUUAUAACAUAUCUAAGAGGGCGGCUAGUGCUUUUGCAUUUAUUUAUUGUUCAUUAUUGUUUCUUCUCGUGUCUGAUAUUGUUCCAAAUUCUUUCCUUUGGAAUGCACAGUUUAUCAGCAUACCUUUAAUGUUUUACGGCAAGAUGACUCAAGGCUAUGUGAAUUUUCAAAAUAAAAGCACAGGACAAUUGUCAAUGGCUACGUCUAUUCUUUUAUUUUUAGGAUCAUCUGUGCGAGUAUUCACGUCUGUACAAGAAACUGGAGAUAAUCUUUUAAUUUGGAGUUUUGCUCUGGCAUCUUUUGCCAAUUUUAUAAUUGUUACUCAGUUUUAUUGCUAUAAGUCAGGGUCACCUGUUAAAACUAAAAAAAAAACAAAAAAGAGUAAACGAGCAUAAAUAACAUAAACGGAGGAAAAUUUUUUCAGAUCUAUUAAACAAGUGUUCAAUGAAUAUUCCAUUUAACAUUUUGUGUAUACUGAACAUAAAUAUUAUGAAUAUAUUAAAAUUCCAAACUUUAACAAAUAACUUUUCACAUUUAGUUAAAAUAUUUUAAUUAAAUUAUUGAUAAAAAACCUAAGCAAAAUAAUUUUAACAUUAUAACAUUACCCAAAGACUGGUAAACAUAAGAUAAUCUUUGAUUUUGAUUUAUGUGUAGUGUAUUUUAUGUAAAUUAUAGUUAAAAAAUUUUUAAUGUUUGUAAAUUAGUCAUUAUUAUUCAAUACAUUAGAUAAUGUUUAUAAUAAUAUUUAAAAAAAAUUAAUCAUUUUUUUCAACCAAUUAUGUAAUUUGAAUUAUUGUAAUGUAAUGUAUUGAUAUUUUUAAUCAAUCUAAAAAAAUGUACUUGUAUGAAUUAUAUAAAUUAAAGAAUACUUCUUUUCUAAUUAA